AUGGAUGUUACUGCUUUUGGGGUUUCGACAUGGCAAUAUCACUUUUGGUUUGAAGACAGGAUCCAUGCUAACUGGAUAAUCGAUACUUUCGACGAUUUCCACAUGGUCACUUGCCUCCAAAAAUGCAGAAUCAAUGAAAACUGCACCGGAUUGGCUUUAGGACCUUUAAAAGAGGAUUUAGAAGACUAUGCUCGGACGUGCCAUCUUCUAAGCUAUGUUGAUGAUUCGGAGUGUUUUGAAAAUGACGAAUGUGACAAGAAAGAAUUUCAAGUAUAUCAGUUGGCGGAUCUUAAACGGAUACCUGAGACUACAACAGCGACAACUACAACCACAGCAGCAACUACUACAACUACAGUUGCUACAACGACUGAGGCAGAAACAACAACAGAAAAAACUACGACAACACCUGCAACCACCACAACAACUACUCCCGCUACUACGACUACAACCGCUGCAACAACAUCUACUACUGAACCAACUACCACUACAACAGAGAAAACGACCACUACAACAGCUAUGACGACUACUACUGAAGCGGCAACGACUACGAGUGAAGCAACUACAACAGAAAAGGCUACUACAACAACUACAUCAAGACCAACAACAACAACUGUUGCCGAUACCACAACCACAGAAGAACCCACAACAACUGAACAACCAACCACAACUUCAGCACCUACAACAACUGAAGCUCCAACAACAACAUCAAAACCAACAGAGCCUGAAACUGUUCCAGCAGAAUGCAGAACACCACCAGGAAAUAUUGUUUGUACGGAGCCAAAGCUACAAAAUAUUGUGUAUGGAUUAAUUUCGAAAUUCCCCUUGUUUUCUGAUGCUAGUAUGGAAGUUCAGUGCGAAAAUCCUUUUACUCAAGACAUUUUCAAAAGAAGCACGUCAGAGCGCACUGCAUACAAGCCUUUCUCUGGACUAUUCCCCUGUGAAGAUAACCAGGUUAUGACAGGGAUCGAAGUUUGUUUCGAAGGUGACUUGAAGUACAUUGCCGUGGAAUGUACGACAGUGCAAGAUGGAUUCGUCGUAAAGAGGGACGACAUAAAGGGCGACAACAACACGCCACAGCAACCAGAGAAAACAAGUUGCCCCGAUAAAAUGGCGAUGGUCUCUCUCAAAUUAGAGAAAGAUGACGAAGGGAAAAUCGCGGUCUACAUCCAAUGUGCAGCCAUUGCUAGAAAAUAGUCUGGAACAUUAUGUUGUCGAUUUUACGCUUAUAAAUAUUGUGACAGUUUUCUGUAUUUCUUCAGUCGAUGUCUGAAGCGAAUCUGUUGAAAAGCCUGUAAUGUUUUGCUCGGGAACAUACGCAUGAUUCCUAAUUGUUAAUGUACCUAAUCAAUC